CAACCAAUCAAGCCCACGACUCCUUCAAAAGCACCGGCAAGCACAACCCAAAACCCCCUCCCUCCCUUCUCAUCUCUUUCCUUCUCUUCUAAAAAAAGCAAAAGCCAUGAAAAACCCACUUCUUACAACACCACCACCCAAAGAAGAACCAGAAGAAGAAGAAAGCUGGGAGAAGAAAACCACUAGUGGUUUUCAAAACCACCUUGGGCCCAAAACCAGAGAAACGGAGCUGAGGCUUGGGUUCUCUCCAAAUGGUUUUGACGACGACGUGGCUGAUAUAAAAGGAGGUCUGUGUGGCGCUGGCCAGAACGCGUUCGUUUUGAAACAGAGGAACGACGGUUUUGGAGCCAAAAGGUGGUUUGCAGAAACCGGGAGUGGUUUUGGGAAUCCAUGGCAGCAAGAGAAAGCGGUUUUCGAACCAAACCACCACCACCAAAGGGAGGCCGUCGGUCCUUCGCCAGCGACAAGUUGCAGAGCUCCUCCAGUUGUGGGCUGGCCCCCAGUUCGUGCAUUUAGGAAGAACUUGGCUCCGGUAAUCAAGUCGUCGGAGAUGGAGACGAGGGCUGCUGCAGCGUCUUCUAUUGAGGCGGCGGCCUCGAAGAAGAUUGAGGAUUCGAUGUUUGUGAAGGUCAACAUGGAAGGGUAUGCAGUCGGGCGGAAGAUCGAUUUGAAGGCGCACGACAGCUACGACUCACUCUCUCGUGCACUCCAGAAGAUGUUCGAUAACUUCUUUUCGGUAAAUUACUUCAAGAAACAGGUACAAAAUGAAGAAGGCAAGGUAGUAACUCCCGACCAAGUUCUUAUUUAUGAAGAUAAUGAAGGAGAUCGAAUGCUUGUCGGCGAUGUGCCAUGGGAGAUGUUUGUCAACACUGUGAAAAGGCUGUAUAUCAUCAGUGGCUCUAGGGCACCAGCACUUGUUUCUCUUUCUUAGUCAAGCCGUGACGAGCAAAGGCAGCAAUCAUGAGCGGCAAAAUCAAUUUAAAUAGCAGAAAAAGAAAGCAUCAGCAGCAGCCAUCACGAGCAGCAAAUAAUAUCGGGAAUUUGCAGUCUGGAGAACCUCCCACACAACAUCUGCCUAAGAUGUAUUUUGCAGACUCCAUGAAAUCAUGCAAGUGUGUAUGCAUGGUCUGGCCCAAUAUAAAUCAGAAACCAAUCUUUUUCUAAGGUACACUUACGUCAACAACUGAACUUGGUAGACUUCAAAUUUCAAUGAUCUGAACUGACAAAAGAAGAUGGACACUGAUUCGAAUUUGAUGCCUUCAAAUCAGUUUUCUGUGCUACGUGACAGUCGGUAAUACCAUCCUUUCUGUGUAUGUAAUCCGAUAUUAGGAGAGUAAUUAAGGCAUCUACUAGUUAUUUGAAAGAACAGACUACAAUGUCAUUUUCAGAAUCAGUAUGAGGUGGUAAGGGUGUUGUGUCCAUCUAAAGAGACAUGCACAAGUGUGGUUGUGUCCUUGGAGGCGUGGAUAUAUACAAUAGCUGAGGAUUUGUCGUGGAGAAGUGUAGGGAAUGCCGUCGAGGAGCCAUGGCUAGAGUUUCAGUAGGGUUGGCAAUUGGCUGAGUGACCCAGAUGGGCUUGAGCCCCUAAACUUAGACUGAGGGCUGGACAUUGGCUUGAAAUCUAGGAGUGGUGUCCAGGCAGGGCCAAUAGGCCCGGCCUGAUCAUCCAGUGGACUACUGUUGUAUGAAAACAGUGGAAGGUUUGCAGACACUUGUAGUGGUUCCUGUUCAAUGUACAUCUACAGCUUAAAGGUA